AUGGUCGACGUCCUCCUCGACCACGGCGCCGAUCUGGAAAACGCCAGAGACGAAGACGGCAAGACGCCCCUGUUCCUGGCGCUGGCACAGCUGGGCGGCGAGAUGUUCCACCAUCUCAUCCGGCGAGGCGCCCGGAUCGAUGUUCAGGACCGCAACGGCGCGACGCUGCUUCACGAGGCGGCGGGAUACGGGGUCGUCUCGUACAUUGAGUAUCUCGUCGAGAGCGGGCUGAACGUGAAUCACGCCGAUGAGCUUGGCCGCACGCCUCUGCACGUUGCUGUUCUCAACGACGCAAAGACUUCCUUUCCGACGUUGCUCAACCAUGGGGCCGAUCCGGAGUUGUGUGAUGCUGAUGGAUACUCUGCUAUCGAGAGGGCGAGGAUGGAGGGGAAUGACGCGGAUUUGCUGUUUGCCGUUGAGCAGUCGUGGGAUUACUAG